UUCGAUUCGGCAAGAACCCAGUGACCCGAGAGCUACUCCCAAAAGCUGCUGCACUCUUUCAAUUUACCUUUACCUACCCAGUAACAUCACAUCAUCACCAACUUUUCCAACAACAUAAUCGCCAAUUGAGGCCGUCAACACCCUUCUUCCCCCGAUUUCAAUCAAAAUACCGCCAAAAUGUCCGACGAAGAACGUGAGACGAAGCCCUUCAAGUUCGUCACUGGUGUCGAUGCUCGAUUCCCCAACAUGAACCAGACCAAGCACUGCUGGCAGAACUACGUCGAUUACCACAAGUGCAUCAACGCCAAGGGCGAGGACUUUGCCCCAUGCCGCCAGUUCCUACUUGCAUACCGAUCUCUAUGCCCUAGCGGAUGGUACCAACGAUGGGAUGAGCAACGAGAGGCUGGAAACUUCCCCGCCAAGUUAGAUGCUUAAGUGUACCCUACGAUAUCUAUAGUCAUCAGGCGAAUCAAUAGAGUUGGAAUGCCAUGAUGUAGUAUAUAACCUAAACUCGAGCAAACCAACAAUUUGAGACUACUACAAGUCUUGUGUGUGCGUUGUACUUAUCUCUGUGAUCUAUAG